CUGCCGCUGAGCCAUCUGCCGUUGAGCCAUCUGCCGCUGGGCUUGAUCCCACGCCGCUCCAUUCUCACCGUCACCACUAUAUACCCCAGGCACAGACCCAUGCCGGAGGCGUUCCCGUCAACCCCGGCAUGAUCGGGGCGGCCCACCCCAGGCCCAAGAAAAAGUACAACCUGUAUGAUUUUGAUCGAAAGCCUGUCCUCGAAAAGGACAUCUGGACCGACGACGAUGUCGAGGAUAUUUGCUACGACGACGCCGCUGAUCCGAGGCAGUGCCCCGAAUACACGAUCACGUAUCGUCAGCGGGUGUGUAGCGAGGACAUCUUCCUGGGCAUGAUGGGCAAGCAAAACUCCAUCGAGGACUGCAACGAAAUGGUGAUGCACGUCGAGAUGCCUCUGGCCGUUGCGCUGAGCGACAUCCAAGUCGACAUCAAAGAUAACUGCGUUUGGGUCCAGUGUCCGCAGUACAAACUGCGGGCCGAUCUUCCCGUCAAAGUCGACGAGGCCGACUCCACGGCGCGGUGGGAUGCCGUCGACAAGCGACUGAUCCUCACCAUGCCCAUCGUCCGCGAGUUCAAGAUCUAGCAUCGGUGUGAUCGAGACCGAAGCAAAUAGAUUCGUCGCUGUCUUUCAUCACCAUCCGAAUGAAUGUCCAUCGUAGUUGCCUCGUUGCCGUUAUCGAGGGUGAAUGCCGACGACUGCUAUUGUGGCGGAUGAACACGGAAUUUUGACCUUGCUCGCUGGCGAUGCCUAAGCAGAAUAUGAGCUGGUGCAGUUGUGCAGUAUUUGCGCGCCCAUUCCAGACUGCCCGGCUGCUGAUCGCUGCUGAUCGCUGCUGGGCGAGCGCGGGAACAGAGC